ACAACACGUGAGCGCAGAGCAGUGAGCGAUUGUGAAUUGAAAUUGUUUUGGGCUUUUCGUUGUUUAAAAAUCACCAGAACGUACUUUGUGAAUUUACUUCGGUUUUGUCAAACAUUUUGUGAAAAUGGCAGAGUUUGUGCAACUUCGUUUGGAGGAAAUGCGUCCAGAAUUGGAGCAGUACGCCAAGUUUGAGCUGUUCGGAAUGGACGAGAUAAGAGAGAUCACGAUAAAGAGGAAAGAUUUGGAGUAUAAGGUACAGAAGCGAAACAAGAGCAAGGAGGAUUACUUGAAAUAUAUUCAAUACGAGGUCGACUUGCUCAAACUCCUCCGAUUGAAGCUUCAGAGCUUCCAAGCUUCAGAGAACACUGCUAAGAUAAAGAGAGAACUUUGUAAAUUCAUCAUAAACCGAAUUAUGCAUCUGCUCUACUGCUCUGUUACAAGAUUCCCCGAAGACAUCAAGCUGUGGCUGACGUACAUAAAGUUCUGCAAAUCAGAGAGGAGAUUCUCGGAGGUCAGCAGAAAUUUAGAAAAGAUGCUCAAGUUUCACGGCAACAAGGAACAAAUGUGGCAAAUUGCAGCACACUGGGAGUACUUGGAGUGCGAUAACAUUGAGAGCGCUCGUGCUUUUCUCCUCACAGGCAUGCGACACCAUCCUCACUCAGAGUUCAUCUACUCGGAAGCUGUGUGGCUUGAAUUAAAAUACGCCAGUGACCUCAGGAGUGCAGCCAUUCAGGAGGCUCUUCAAAACAAGAAGGAGCCUGAUCUAAAUGCAGCCGAUAUGAUCAUGCAAGGGGCUCUUGCCCAGGUUAUGUAUGAGACGGCUAUUGAGAAAGUCAAUUCCUGCGAAUUCCUCUGCUCCUUGUUGAAAAUUGUCCUUGACUUCGAUUUUGUGCCGAUGAUGCACAAUGCAAUUAAAACUAAAAUGACGGAGACAUUCUCUGGUGAUCUGUCAACUUGGAUUUGUUUGGCCCGCUUGGAGUUGGAAGGAUUCUUGUUUGAAGGUCAAAUGAACCCUAAAUUGUUCUACAAGAGGAAAAAGUGUCCUGAUAUGAAGCCAACAAAGCGCCAAAUAUUAUUUGCCUAUGAUAUUUUGAACAAGGCAGUGCAGGAGAUUAAUACUGAGGAAAGCUGGAGCCAGUUUAUUGAAAUUCUUCUAGAUCUUUUGGAAAAAGCAGAGGCUGAUGACAAAAUAAAUGGUUAUCCAAACCUUCUACACAGGCUGCUGAAAGAAACUUUGGAUGAUGCUCACAUUCGGGCAAAACUCCCCUCCGCUUAUUACAGCUACUAUAUUGAAUACUUGGGUGACGACGAGGACAAAAUUGAGGAGGUCCUUCAAGUGGCAACUGAUAGGCAUCCAAAGGAUUUGGAUCUUUGGAUGGCUCGAUUGAAACUAAGUUUUGUUCAAAAUAGCAAGGAUAAGAGCAAGAAAAUCUUUGAAUGCGGAAUCAAAGAAUUAAACGAAUCUGAUGAAGAGCUUGAACUUUGGCUUCUGAUGACUGAACAUUUUGCGGAUGACGAAUCCCUUUUGGAGAAACUUUUUAGGAAGUCAUCAAGUGGAAAGUCAAAGUCUGUCAGCAAAAUUAAGAUCAUGCAUUUAAAUUUUAUUUUUGAACGCAAAGGUCUUCUAGCUUGCCGUUCUUUGUACAGUACCUUGAGCAUUGUGCCACCAUUCAGCAUUGAUUUGCAUAAGAAGAUGGUGGAAAUAGAAUUGCAGCAGGAAAAAGUGGACGUCAAAAGUGCUCGAAAAUGCUAUGAACUUGCGUGUGAUCAAUUUGGAGGAAAUGAUUCAGACAUCUGGAUGGACUUCAUUAAUUUCGAGCUGAAGUUUGGAAGUAAAACUCUCAUUGCUGGAUUGUAUAUGAGAGCUUCUAAGACCUUGGCAAAAUCUGAAAGCGAGAUUUUUAUACAAAAAUACCAUGCUUUGCAAAAUAGUAUGUAAAAAUGCUGGUACAAUUUUACUUGCAAAUAAAUUUGUGUAUCUCUUAAUUAUCUAGGGUCUGGUUAAUUAAUUCAAAAAGCUUUAUUCUGUAAUGG